AUGGGUAAACAUCAGGAUCUCCUUAGCAGGAGCGAUAUAAUCGCGCUUAUCAUCGGUGCCAUAACGAUUGCUAUCAACCUUAUCGCCAUAAACCACCUCUGCCGGUGCUACCACAGACGGAAACUGCAUGAACAGGCAGUAUCGAAUAACGCAAAUUGUAACGGCACCAUGACAUAUACUACAACGUCCGCACCCCCUGUACCGAACAUCUCUACCAACGACCAUCGAGAAUCACACCCACGCCCACACAGAGUUGAUAUCGAGAGCGGACUAGGCAGCAGCAGGCAAAACGCAAACCAUACACUUGUAUCCACCGCCCCAAAUAUGCAGGCCGUCUUCGCAGGUGCUCCGAACAUCCAGCUCGUCAUUCCACCCCUCCCGCAACGACCGCCGCCGGUGCAGCGGAAGUUGGAAGGUGAGGGUAGCAGGCGACAUGGAUUAUCACUCCACGAUAACCAUAGGGCUCCGUCUGUUGAGAGAGACCGAAGGGCUGUUUAUGCUGAGCAGUAG